AUGGCAGAUUUAGAAGAAUCUGAGGUGGUAGGGGAAAUAAAUCACCCAGGAAUUGAGCUUGACGCUGAUUUUAAGGGGAUUGUUUUUAGGAACUACAUUCCGAGGGACGAAAACCUCAGAAAACUUUGCAAAAGCUCACUCGAAGAUUAUUCAGCAAUUGAAAAUACUAUCGAUCAACAAAUCGAUCAAACCAUUCUCAAUUAUCAAUCUGAAGAUAUAUUGUCAUUAGUAAGGCCCAGGCGUCAGAAUUGGGAUUUAAAGCGUGAAUUGAAUCGCAAGAGGCAAGUUUUAUCUAGUAGAACUGACGCUGCGAUUUUAAGGCUUCUUCGCGAGCGCAGAGACGAAGAACCCUUACAAGUCAAUAAUAUCGAAAAUCAAACCCUAAUUCACCAGUUUCCCGAUAUCGACACCGACGAUUCUGAAGAUAUGGAUAUCGAAUAAUUUUUCCCACACCUCUAACACUUUUAAUUUUAUUA